CUGUCAUGGCGGCGCCCCAGUCCCAUGCGUGGUUGUGAGCAAAAGUAAUCGUGUUUUUAUUUUGAAACGUCAAGAAACCGCAUCAAGUUAAGGUAAAGUCGUAUCUGUUUACUGUUGUUACUGCGGACGAUAAUAUCAUACGAAACCAGCUUUAAUAUUUACAAGCACAUUUCAACAACGUGUGCGCUUAGCUGGUAGCUACGUGAAACAAAUCACGUGUGUGUAGCUGCUCAGCUCGAGGAACUCCUAGCGCGUUGACUGUUGAUUAAUUCACGGGCAACUUCGUAAAAAAAGUAUGAAGACAAAAAAGAUGAGACCUAACAACAGACGGAUUUCCUCUGGGAUGAAGAGGAGACCGGCUAAACGGAGCAUCGACACGAAAGGCGUAUGGAAAGCUGUUGAGCUUGAUCCCAGCAUCUUUUCCGAGGAGGGGUUGGAGGGUCUGGUGUGCUUUGAAGAGCUGACAGAUUACCGUCUCGUAGACAGCAACAAGGUUGGAACCAAAGCAAAAGAAAAAGAGAAGAAAAAGAAAAAAGCGAAGAAAAGAAAAGUAGACGAGGCUGGGGAGGCUGAGGAGGCUGGAGAGAGCAACGAUGGAGAGGGCACAGCUGAACCAAUUAAGAAGAAAGCCAAGAAGAAGAAGAAAAAGAAGAAGAAAGUGGCUGCAAAGGUGUCCGUGGAAUCAGACGAUAAAGGUAAAGAAGAUGUGGAACCAGAGGACAAAUCCAUAAAUGAGGAGGGAGGAGAGAGCAAAGCGACUGAUGAAGACACUGCAAAAGGCCCAGCUGUUAUCUCUGAAUAUGGACAAUCAAAUGAUACAAAGAAGAAAGAGAAAUCAAAGAAAAAGAAAAAACAGCAGCUGGAAGAGAAAGAUCCCAGCAUGGAAACUCCAUCAGAAAAAGAAAUAUCCAGCCAGGAUAAACUGACACAGCCCCCCAAAAAGCAGGCAAGGAAUUGGACCAAUGUGGGACUUUCUGGUUCCGAUGACAAAAAUUGUGAUGUGGGGGCAUGGAACGACCUGUUUGUUCCCCCCUCUGUGCUGAAGGCAUUAAGCAGUCUUGGUUUUGGUUCACCUACGCCAAUUCAAGUCCUGGCUUUACCUCCAGCUAUCAGAGAUCGUAUGGAUAUCUUGGGGGCAGCUGAGACUGGAAGUGGUAAGACAUUGGCCUUUGGCAUCCCCAUGAUCAAUGCCAUCCUGGACUGGAAGAACAACACAGAAAAAACUGUAGAUGAUAAAACUGAACCACCCUCAAUGGUGGAGAGUUUGUAUUUACCAUCUGCAGAUGAAUCAAAAAGUAAAGAAGAUCCGGAUGACGAUGUAGAAGCUCCAGAAGAAGAGGAUGAAGGUGCUAUAGAUGAAUGUCAAGAAGACUCAGAUGAAGGUGAACCUGACAUUGAGGAUCAAGAUCCAAAUGCGCAACUUGGAUGUGUUCCAAUCAUUGAAAGUCCAGCGUUUGAUUUGGAGGAAAACGCUGCUGGUGGCCAGAGUCAGCCUCUUCUUGGACUGGUUCUCACUCCCACCAGGGAGCUGGCCGUUCAGGUCAAACAUCACAUUGACGCUGUCGCAAAGUUCACCGAUAUUAAAACAGCCAUAGUGGUGGGUGGGAUGUCACAACAGAAGCAAAGGAGGAUGUUAAAACGCAGACCGGAGAUCGUUAUUGCCACUCCAGGACGUUUGUGGGACUUGGUGAAGGAGCGGCAUCCUCAUCUGCUCAACCUCAGACAGCUCAGGUGUCUGGUCAUUGAUGAAGCCGAUCGCAUGAUAGAAAGAGGACACUUUGCAGAGCUGGAGAAUCUACUGGAAAUGCUUAACACCACACAGUUCAACCCAACAAGGCAGACAUUUGUGUUCUCUGCCACUUUGACAAUGGUUCACAGCCUGCCCACCCGCAUCAUUCAGAAGAAGAAGAAGAAUCUGGAAAAAAGGACCAAACUGGAAGUCCUCAUGGAGAAAGUGGGGAUUAAGUCCAAGCCCAAAGUCAUCGACCUCAGCAGGAAGGAGGCGACUGUGGAGACGCUGACCGAGACAAAAAUCGACUGUCAGAAAGAUGAGAAGGACUUCUAUUUGUAUUACUUCUUGCUUCAGUAUCCGGGGCGUACCAUGGUGUUCGCCAACAGUAUAGACUGCAUCAAAAGACUGAACUCUUUGCUGGUUAUCCUGGACCGUGAGCCACUGCCUCUACAUGCCAACAUGCACCAGAAACAACGCCUCAAAAACCUGGAGAGGUUUGCUGAAAGGGAGAGCUGUGUACUUCUCACUACCGAUGUGGCAGCAAGAGGCCUGGACAUCCCCAAUGUUCAACAUGUUAUUCACUACCAGGUUCCCAGAACAUCAGAGACUUACGUCCAUCGGAGUGGCAGAACAGCCAGAGCCACUAAAGAAGGGCUCAGUCUGCUGCUAAUAGGCCCAGACGACAUGAUAAACUUCAAAAAGAUUUACAAGACUCUUGGAAAGGAUGAAGAGCUGCCUAUAUUCCCCAUAGAGAACAAAUGCAUGGUGGCAAUCGAGGAGCGAGUGAACCUGGCAAGGAAGAUCGAAAAGAUCGAGUACUACAACAGCAGAGAAAAGCAGCACAAUUCCUGGUUCAAACAAGCAGCAGAGGCCCUGGAAGUGGAGCUGGAAGAGGAUCUCUUACUGGGUGGAGAGACAGAUGACUGUGCUGAGAGAGAGAAGCAGAGGAUGGUAAAGGACAUGAAGAGGCAUUUGAAGCAUUUGAUCUCCCAGCAUAUAUUCAGAGAUGUGAUUAAAACCAAAUACCCGACUCAAAUGGGAAAGCUUUCCCCCCACAACAUGCCUCGUGCAGGGAACGAAGAUGCCCUAGCCAGAGUUUCAGCGCAGAAGAAACAGUUUAAAAAAGGUGCUCCAGCAAAAUGGAAAAAGCAAAAGUAGAGGAAGGUAAAGCAGCAGCAGCAGCGGCUUCUUAAUGAAAAUGUAAAGUACAGAAUCCCAUCAUCGGCAGCAUGUUUUUAAUGCAUAAAUAAUCUUAAUUGAUUUGAAUAAUGCAUUGUGUGGAGUUGCUUUUCUGGAUGUAGAACUGUUGUAAACUGCAACACUUUAUAAAUGUAUUAUAUGUAUUUUCAUACAUGUUUUAAAACUCAAGAGGGAUAUAAUUGUUUCCAAGUCAUUCUUUGUUGUCAAAUUUCCACAUUUUUCUUUUAUGAAUAACCUAAGAUCUGUUUA